CAUAGUUCCGGAUUUAACUGGGGUAGUGAGCCGAAGUGAGCCGAGAGGGAGCCGACGACUAACUGGUGGGAAAAGACGUGUUCCUGACAGAACUAUAUUCAAGGGUGCAUGCUCGGAAGCCGGGAUUCAGGAAAAUAAAUAUGUUCACUUCUCGGAUUUAUACCUUGGUUUUCGUGAUGAAGCCUCAGCAAAUUCUUCUAGGAAUGAAGAAACGUGGCUUUGGAGCUGGGAAAUGGAAUGGAUUUGGGGGGAAAGUAGAAGAUGGAGAGACUAUUGAGGAAGGAGCCAAAAGGGAAUUGCUAGAGGAGAGUGGACUAAUCGUGGACACUUUGCAGAAGAUAGGAAAAAUCACAUUUGAAUUUGUAGGCAACACUGAGCUGAUGGAUGUUCACAUCUUUUAUGCGGAUAGUUUUCACGGGACUCCAAAAGAAAGUGAUGAAAUGUGCCCCCAGUGGUUCCAGUUGAAGCAGAUUCCCUUCAGAGAUAUGUGGCCAGAUGACAGCUACUGGUUUCCACUAAUGCUCCAAAAGAAGAAAUUCCAUGGAUAUUUUAAGUUCCAGGGACAAGAUAUCAUCCUAAGCUACACACUGAAUGAAGUGGAAAUUGUCUAAAAAGAGAGAAACCAGUGCCUUUAACAUGACAUACGUAAGCCUAUAUAAGCUAGGGAAGUUGGCUGUUAUACAGCCUCAAUUUAUUUAGGCUGUGUGGAAUGUAGGCAAGGGUUUUACUGUCCUUGGUUUUUAAGGAAAUUUAAUACUUGGUAUCUAUUUGGGGAACAAGAAAAUGAUGUAAGACCAUGAACUGUUUCCUUGCAAUUGUACAUGUCACAUAGUGAGAGCACCCAGGAAUGACUCAUAGGUUGAAUGGACCAGGAACCACAAGGGUCAUUUGGUUUGAAGUGUUAAAAAGUAUGGGACUGAUCCAUGGUGCAGUAUUUGUCAAUGAAUCAUGCCAAUAGCCCACACUAGGGGGCAACAGCCACCCCAGAGAAAUGGGAUGUUUCCUAUAUCCUAGAACCAUGAGGCUUCUUCUUUCUUUUCCUGCUGAAGAUUCUGACAGAUAAUGGAAAAUAAAAACAUGGCAUGUGAUUUGCAAA